CUCAAAUACUUCUAAUCCCCAUUUUUGAUCUCAUGUCAAAGACUCCUUUGGAUCUGGAUGCACUUCGUGCUGCUGUCCUAAUGUCUAGGAAACCAGUUUCUAAUCCUAGUCCCGCUAAUGAAGCAGCUGAUCAACCAAAUAUCCGAGGUCCCACUAGAAACGUGAAAUCGUAUAAUAAUACAGCAAGCAAGUCGCAAGACAUGUCAUCAGCGACAAAUAUAGUAACAUCGGGACCGCGGAACUCAGAAUGGACUCCAGUGGCUGAAACAGCCGAAACAGCUGUUCCAGCAAGGACAAAUCCCAAAGAUAAAGAGGAUGGAGAGAUCAGUGAUGACGACAUCGAUAACAUCGGCAAGGCUAUGAGCGAAACCUUCUCAGAUAUUCAUAAAGGGCCAUCAUCUGAUCACAGUGCAAAUAACAUUGAACGCGGCAUCCUGCUAAAGGCAACAACUGGACCAUCUCAGCACAAUAUUAAGUCAUGGUCUGUUGAACAGCCUAUAUCUCAAGAAUCAUCCUCCUCCUACCCUAUAUCGGCUAGUAUGAAUACACGAAGCAAGAAAAAGAAAGAGGCUGGAUUUAACGAAGAGAAGCACAAGGGAGAUGUGGACUUCAAUGUCCUUAUGGCAGAAUACCAACUUCAAAAGGCAAAAACAGACAGCCGGAUGAAAUCAUCGGGGUUUAACCACUCCCAAGCUGCGGAUUCAGAAAUACCAGGGUUCAUUUAGUCCGGCACCACAACAUCUACCCUCUCACCAACUACUUAGUCAGUCUCACAUACUUGUAGCGCAAUUGUUGGCUCGUGGUGUCAGUCCAGAGUAUCUUUUCCAACACGGUAUUGAUCCUUCAAUUGUUUACGAUGUUUCUACUGGAAGGAACCCCUGGUUGCUACCCAACGCCCCUUCUGAACCAAACCACUCCCUCCGCCUCGAUUUUCAAUCACCUGUCUCU